UGCCUUUCAGUAUACGAUCGAAAAGGCAACCCCCACAAUAUACUUGUUUUGCAAAAAGGGAAUCCCCAGAAUGUUUAUUUUCUUUUUCCACGUAGUAUACUUGUUCCCAGUUUUUUAUUACGGAAGUUUAAAACAUACGAAACCUUUUGUUAAAUCACCCGGAAGAAAAGUAGUAGUACCUGUGGUACCUAACCUAAAUUUAAGUGUACCUUCUUAAAAAUGGCUCAACCACCUACCAUUCAUAAAGGCAUUGUAAAGUCGGUUCUAUCAGGUGAUAGUGUCAUAAUUCGUGGUCAACCAAAAGGUGGACCUCCUCCUGAAAGACAGCUUGCUCUUUCUAAUGUAGUUGCACCACGUUUAUCAAAACGUCCCGGAGGAAAUGUUGAAACAGCAGCUGAUGAGCCAUAUGCCUGGGAAAGUCGUGAAUUUCUUAGGAAGAAACUUAUUGGAAAAGAGAUUGAAUUUUUUAUUGAAUAUAAAGUACCUGGAUCCGGAAGAGAAUAUGGUUGUAUAUUUUUGAAAUCAAGCUCUGGUGAGUUGCAAAGUAUUACUGAAGAACUUGUUUCAGAAGGUUUGGUUGAAGUUCGUCGUGGAGGAAUUAAACCAUCUGAUGACCAAACAAAAUUAAUUGAGUUGGAAGACCAAGCAAAAGCUGCAAAGAAAGGAAAAUGGUCAGGUGAAACUACAGAGCAUGUUAGAAAUAUCACAUGGAAUAUUGAAAAUCCUAGACUUUUUGUAGACCAAAAGAAAGGCAAACCAAUAAACGCUGUGAUUGAAAUGGUAAGAGAUGGUAGCACUAUUCGGGCAUUUUUACUUCCUACUUUUGAAUAUGUUACUGUUUCAAUAACUGGAAUUAAGUGUCCACAAUUUAAACGUGAGGGUGAUGAAGAAGUAGCAGAGCCAUAUGCGAUGGAAGCAAAAUACUUCACAGAUUGUCGAUUGCUGCAAAGAGAAAUUCAAAUUAUUUUUGAAGGAGUUUCUAAUCAAAAUUUGUUAGGCACUAUCAUUCAUCCAGCAGGAAAUAUUGCUGAGUUACUAUUAAGUGAAGGAUUUGCAAAGUGUGUUGAUUGGAGCAUGGGUGUGCUAACAGUUGGUCACGAGAAGUAUAGGCAAGCUGAAAAGUUUGCUAAAGAAAAGAAACUGCGUAUUUGGAAAGACUACAAACCAUCUACAACUUUGUUAGCCAUUAAAGACAAAGAAUUCCACGGAAAAGUUGUAGAAAUAGUUAAUGGUGAUGCAAUUGUUGUCAAGGUUUCAGGUAAUGAACUGAAAAAAGUGUUUUUUAGCAGCUUACGCCCACCGCGUGCUCAACCAAAAGAUGAUGGUGUUGUUGAAAAUGGACCUUCUAGAGAUGGUAAGCGAGGCAGACCUUUAUAUGAUAUCCCAUACAUGUUUGAGGCUAGAGAGUUCUUACGUAAGAAGUUAAUUGGGAAGAAAGUUAACGUUAUUGUUGACUAUAUAAAACCUCCUGGUGAUGGCUACCCUGAACGACUUUGUGCAACUGUGAAAAUUGGUGACAUUAAUAUUGCAGAAGCUAUGAUCAGCAAAGGUUUAGCUGGUGUUUUGCGCCACCGCCAAGAUGAUGAUCAGCGAUCUUCUUUGUAUGAUGAUUUACUUGCAGCAGAGAGUAGAGCAGCAAAAAAUGGAAAAGGUAUACAUAGUAAAAAAGAACCACCAUCACAUCGGAUUGCUGAUUUAUCUGGUGAUGUGAGCAAGUCUAAGCAAUUUUUGCCAUUUUUACAAAGAGCUGGUAGGUCAGCAGCAGUUGUUGAGUUUGUAGCAAGUGGUUCAAGAAUUCGACUGUAUUUACCAAAAGAGACAUGUUUGCUAACUUUUUUGCUGGCUGGAAUAUCUUGCCCUCGUGUUAAGACUUUUAAUCCAGCAGGAACUCAGAUUUCUGAAGAUGAACCCAUGGGAGCUGAAGCUUUUGCAAUGAGCAAAGAUAUGAUUCUACAGAGAGAGGUAGAAGUUGAAUUUGAGAGUAUUGAUAAGGGAGGUAACUUUGUUGGAUGGCUAUUUAUUGGAAAUAUUAAUCUAUCAGUUUAUUUGGUUGAGAAGGGCUUAGCAAAGGUUCAUUUUUCUGCUGAAAAAUCCCCUUACUUCAAAGCACUACAAAAUGCUGAGGAAAUUGUCAAAGCUAAUAGACAAGGAGUUUGGCAAGGAUAUGUUGAAGAAGUUCGUGAAAAUAAUACUAUUGAAGAAUCUACUGAGCGAAAACCCACAUAUAAAAAGGUCAUUGUAACAGAAAUAAUUCGUGGCACAGAUUUCUGGGCUCAACACAUUGACAAUGCUAAAGCAUUUGAGCAGAUGCAACAACAACUGAGAACAGAUUUAGUUGAUAACCCUCCUUUACCUGGAGCAUUAACUCCAAGAAAAGGAGAACUCGUUGCUUCUCUUUUCCUUGACGGGUUAUGGUACAGAGCACGAAUUGAGAAAGUUGAAUCUUCAGAAAAAGUUCAUGUUUUAUAUGUGGAUUACGGCAAUCGUGAAAUCAUUCAAUCUACAAAAUUGGCUUCAUUACCUUCAAAUUACGCUAGCUUUCCUCCUCAAGCUCGUGAAUACACCCUUGCUUGUUUAAAAGUACCACAAGAUGAGGACAAUAUCGAAGAUCUCACCCGAGCAUUUGCUAAGGAAGCCUUGAACAAAGAAUUUUCACUUAACAUUGAAUACAGAGUUAAUGGCCAAGAAUUUGUAUCAUUAACCAAUGUUGAUAGUAAACAAGACUUAGCUUGUGUAUUGCUUGCAUAUGGCGUUGUGUUAGUUGAAAAUCGUCGAGAGAAGCGAUUAAAUAAGCUUGUUCACGAUUAUAAUCUUGCUCAAGAUAUCGCUCGGAAAGCUAGGUUAAAUCUUUGGCGUUACGGUGAUUUCACUGAAGACGAUGCUCCAGAAUUCGGUGGUUAGCAUAGUUUUUGUUACAUAUAUCGGACUCAGUUUAAAAAAAAUCAAUAGUAUGUGAACUCAUUUUAAAAUUAAUAAAUAAAUCGAAUUACUUGA